GGAACACGUCGAGAGUGAAACCAGUGAAACCUGGCAACCGCGAGUGUGAGCUGAGUGUGAGUGAGCGGAGUCUCAGGUGAGGAUCAGAGGCGCUGCGCUGCGACCCGCGUGCUACACUGCAGUUUGUUAUCCACACAGCAUACUCAAUGAUCAUCUUUAGGAGAAUAAACGUCUUCAAAGUCCCACCAGAUCCUUGUUUAAACCAGAUCUGCUGAUGGUGAUGAUGGAAAAAGGUCUUUAUUUAAAGACAAUUAGGUUUCCACUGAUCAGCUGCUUGUGGAUGGGGAGUCUGGGUUGGAGUGUCUGAGCACCUGGAAGCAUUAAAAAAAAAAAGAAAAAAAAAAGUUUUUUUAGACAUAUAUAAAAACCCACCAAGGAUUACAUCCUUUUAAAGAUUUCAUGCUCCCAGUACAGCCUCCUGUCCUGGAUUUAACACAUUCCUGAACACCCCAGAUGUGAAAAGUGAAAAGAUGUUGGACUUUCAAUCUGGAUCGUAACCAAACAUCAAGAAAAGGUCUUCAAUCUCUUAUGGAUCUGUUAUGGAUUUAAUAAAGAGCGCAAGAACGACCCUCACCAGGAUAGAACAGCCUGUUUAAAUGACUCCUAAUUCAGAUGUGUAGAAGAUUAGUAGCAUUGUGAUCGACUUGACAACGAGGUAGGAUGCCAAAACAGCACUGCAGGAAACUGUCUCUGUUCCAGGCGCUCACCCUUGUUAUGCUGUUGACGUCCCCGGACUGCCAGUCAUCCCAGCGAAUUCAGGGCAGACGUGUCACCCGUUCAUCUCGAGUGCCUCGCCAGCUGUUUUAUAAGAACGAAUGGGCUUCGUGGGGAGUUUGGUCUGAGUGCUCUCGCUCAUGUGGAGGAGGGGCGUCCAUCCGGCGUCGAACCUGCAUCUACAGUAAUCCAGUUGGAGGACCAUGUUUGGGAGAGCCCAGGCAGUAUAAGAUAUGCAACACUAAGGGAUGUCCUCCUGGAUCUCUAGACUUCCGAGAGCUACAAUGCAAAGCUUUUGACGACAAGCCCCUGGUCGCCGGGAGCAGAUACCAGUGGACUACUUUUCAUGGAGGCUCUGAUCCGUGUGAGCUCAGCUGUUUGGCCCUCGGUCACAAUUUUUACUACAACUUUGGCCGAGUCCUGGAUGGCACACCCUGCUUAACUGAGCCUGGGGACGUUUGUGUGAGCGGGAAAUGCCUGAAACCAGGGUGUGACCUGAUCUUUGGCUCCCAGCAGCAGGAGGAUGCCUGUAUGGUGUGUGGAGGCCAGAACACCACCUGCCUUCAUCAUCGCAGUGUGUACCGGAGCAACGGCCAGGAGAUCGGGCCGUUUGGAUACAAUGAGGUCACCAUGAUCCCAGCCGGAGCCACCCACAUCAGAGUGACUGAUAACAGCAAAAACUAUUUAGCUCUCCAGAAUGGACAUUCUCAGUUUGUGAUUAAUGGGAACUGGAAGAUCAGUGUUCCAGGGGAGUAUAGCGUAGCUGGGACCAAACUUCUGUACCGUCGCUCUGCUGAUACAUUUGAAAGCUUCGAGGUGUCCGGGCCAACCCAGGAGGACUUGCACAUUAUGGUUCUGUUCACUGAUAAGAAUUCUGGGAUAGAGUACGAGUACUGGCUGCCCCCUGAGCUGUACGCCGUGCAUCAUGGACGGCAGAGUACAUACCGGCAUCACCAUACGUCGAACUUCCUGCCCUGGGAGCUUCCAACUACCACCACCACCACCACAACCAUCACUACUACAGCGAGACCUCCUGCUACCACACGGCCUUCAUGGGGCAGACGAAGACCUCCCGUGAGACCUCCUUUUCAGCAGCAGCCACUGCCUCGUCUGGAACGAGAUGAGAAGAGUAACUACCUGCCCCGGACGCACAACACAGCUUACUGCGGGAAAUGCAGGAGGGUGAAGGGCCGUGGGGAACGGCAGAGGCAGUACUGCCAGAAGGAUUACGUUUUCAGAGCCAAGAUCUUAGGGAAGGUCUAUGUUGGCGAGGAGACGCGGUAUGAUGUGCAAAUCAUCCACACAUACCGUAACCGCUUCCGUCUGGAACGCCGGGAAUACAUAUGGGCCCCCAACAGGUGUGAUUGCCCCGCCCUGGAGGAGGGCUAUCAGUACGUGCUAAUGGUCAGGCGCCAUGUCAACCAUGAACACACACUCGAUCGCAUUCUCCUGGAGGAGGACAACUACGUCCAGCUUUACCGCCCACGUGAGGACAGCCUACUGCGCCCCCUAGAGGAUCGCUGCAGUAACAGGGGGCCGAGAACUCACUAGAGAUGGUAGUGAUCAUGGACUCGGAUCCUGUUCGGCUGAGUUAAUUGUGCACUUGUUAUAUUUAAUUCUGCUUUUAAAAAAACAUAAAUGAUGAAAAAAAAAAACUACACGUUGCUGGCUUUAAAACGUAUUCAUGGAUAAUGCAGGAACACUUGGAGCCCAUGAGCUCCAGAAUGAUACCAGAGCUAUUCACUAAAUGAAGCACUUUAGGUGGAUGUUAUAGCCUACCUUUAAAAAUGCAUAUACCAAAGAAGAACAUAUUUUUUGUAUUAUUAUCAGAAUUAAUGUUGCCUUUAUAUAUGCAUGUCCACGUUAUUAGGAACACCUGCGUUUUCGUGGAGUUGUCGAUUCGGCCAAUCAUGUGGCAUCAGUGCAAUGCAAAAUCACAUCGUAUAGAUACAGGUAAAGAGCCUCAGUUAAUGUUCUCAUAAAACAUCAGAAGUGUGAUCUCCGUGAUUUUGAUCACGAUUUGGAAGUUGCUAGCAGAUGUGCUGGCUGAAACUGUUCAUCUCUUGAAGUUUCCUUACAUACAGUACCAGUCUCUAAAUUUACACAGAAACAAAAAACAGUGAUUGAGUGACAAUUCUUUGGGUGGAAGUGCAUUUUUAUUGAGAAAAUGGGAGAAAAUGGACAGCAUCCAGGGAGUACAUAAUGACAUAAUGACUCAACUUAUAACCAUGCUGAGCAGCUGAAUAGCUGAAAAUGAGGCAAAAAGGUCUUUUUCUAGUCUUUAACUGUCCAGUGUUAGUGAGACUUGUGAGAUUGUAAAAAUGAACCCAAACUUUUUGACUUGUUUUUGAGUUGUUGCUAGCCGUCACGUGAUUUGCUGUUAGCAUAACUUCACAAAUGUGCAGGUGUACAGGUGUUCCUGAUAAAGUGACUGGUGAGUGUGCAUAUGACGUAUGUAAUGUAUGUAUCUCAUUUCUCUCCACUGUUUUUAUUAUAUUUAUAAUAAUAUUAUAUGCAGAAAGUAUACCUUCAUUUAUGUACAUACAGUAUAUGGAUAUAUAUUUUUGCUAUCAGUGUAUUUGUUACCAGUAAUGCAAAAAAAAAAAAAGUUGAUGGAAUACCUCAAGCAAAACAGAAAACUGACUUGAUUGUUAUCAGAGUGCUUCAGUGAGAUGAUCUGUUGAAGAGAGUCACACAUUUCAGGAGGAUCUCUAUAAUGAUCAGUAGACAAGGAUGAUAAUAAUGCUGUACUGAAACGUGAUCUUAAUCUCUUUUACUGUGUAUUCACUGUGUAUUCACUGAUCAGUCACUGAUGUCUUUGUAAUACUUUUCUUAGAUGGUCAUUUAUAUUAUUUAUCCAGAAUGCAGUCCAGCAUACACAUGUUCCAUACAUCAUAUUAAUUAAACCAACACUGUGUUUAAUUAUUAUUAGAAAAACAAAUGUGCGUCCAUGUUACCGAAACAACGCUGAUUUCACACAGUUCAAUCAAAACUUACUUUUAAACUGUG